ACCAAGCAAACCGUUUUACAGAUGCAGAAUAAAUGCAUGGAAGUGACAACGCUCUUUUAAAUGCCUUGAAUAGCGGUGUUCACAUGCGAUAUUGCUUUAAGGAAAACAAUACAGAAAUAUUUGAUAUUACUCAAAGUCGUCGAAACAAGAAUAAAACAUUAUCGUCCGAAAGACAAGCAAACUUAGUGCAAGCUAAGAGGCUAAGCUAAAUCUAAUAUGUUUAUUUAUCUCAGUAAGAAGAUUGCCAUUCCAAACAAUACGAUUUUAAAAUGUGUGUCCUGGAACAAAGAGCAGGGAUUCAUAGCUUGUGGAGGAGAGGAUGGUCUUUUAAAAGUACUCAAGCUUGAAACUUACACAGAUGAUGCUAAACUGAAAGGCCUGGCUGCUCCCAGCAACCUCUCUAUGAAUCAGACACUGGAGGGCCACAGUGGUGCAGUGCAGGUUGUGACGUGGAAUGAACAGUACCAGAAACUGACCACCAGUGACCAGAAUGGGCUCAUCAUUGUCUGGAUGCUUUACAAAGGAUCCUGGUAUGAAGAGAUGAUUAAUAACAGGAAUAAAUCAGUGGUUAGGAGCAUGAGCUGGAAUGCUGAUGGUCUGAAGAUCUGCAUUGUAUAUGAGGAUGGUGCCGUCAUCGUGGGCUCGGUGGACGGAAACAGAAUCUGGGGUAAAGAACUUAAGGGGACUCAGCUGGCACAUGUGGCCUGGUCACCAGACAGUAAGAUCCUGCUGUUUGGGAUGGCCAACAGAGAGAUCCACAUCUACGACAACCAGGGAAACUUUAUUAUGAAGAUGGCCAUGAGUUGUUUGGCGAAUGUAACAGGUGCCCUCAGUAUAGCAGGUAUUCACUGGUACCCGGGCACAGAGGGCUAUCUAGAGCCAGGCUGCCCCUGUCUGGCUGUUUGUUUCACCAAUGGGCACUGCCAAGUCAUGCGGCAUGAGAGUGAUGACAAUCCUGUGAUUAUUGAGACGGGAAUGUGGCAUGUGGCCAGUAUCCAGUGGAAUCAUUGUGGCAGUGUUCUGGCUAUAGCAGGAAACCGAAGCAGUGGUGCUGAGAAGGAGAUAAACGUUGUUCACUUCUACACACCAUUUGGAGAUCACUUACGGACUUUGAAGGUUCCAGGCAAGCAGAUGACUGCUGUAUCAUGGGAAGGUGGAGGACUUCGAAUUGGGCUGGCUGUAGAUUCCUUCAUAUACUUUGCCAACAUUCGGCCAGAUUACAAAUGGGGUUACUGCAGUAAUACUGUGGUGUAUGCAUACACACGUCCUGAUAGGCUGGAGUACAGCGUGGUCUUCUGGGAUACUAAGAAUAAUGAGAAGUUUGUCAAAUACGUCAAGAGUCUCAUGUCCAUCACCACUUGCGGGGAUUUCUGCAUCUUGGCAACCAAAGCAGAUGACACACACCCACAGGAGGAUACAGAAGCAGAGUCUGGAUCAACUGUGGCAUUUGAUGAGCUGUCAUAUCAAAAGCCCCCUAUGGAUCCGUCUAAGAGGAGAAAGUAUGUUUUGGUGUUGUGUAACUCCAUUGGAACCCCCCAGGACUCCAAAUAUAUUGACAUUGAUCCGUUUUUCAUCACCAUGACAAAGACUCACGUGAUCGCUGCAUCUAAGGAGGUGUUUUACGUUUGGCAGUAUCGUGUGGCCAAGAAACUCACCGCUCUUGAAAUCAACCAGGUGGCCAAAACCAGAAAGGAAGGUCGGGAGAGGGUUUAUCACAUUGAUGACAGUCCAAGCGGAACAUCAGAUGGGACGCUGAAUUUUGCCAAAGCCUUCACAGGGACAAGAGAUACGAUCUGCUGCAUCACAGCAUCAGACAGGAUGCUUAUAGUGGGUCGUGAAUCUGGUGUCUUGCAGAGAUACAGCCUGCCCAACAUCAGCCUUCUUCAGAAAUACUCCCUCACCUCUAGACCAUAUCAACUGUCUCUCAAUUGUAACUCCAGCCGUCUGGCUAUUAUAGACAUAACCGGCUUGUUGACAUUUUUGGACGUGGAGACCCGUGGUUCAUCAGGGGAUCCAGAGAGCAGCUCCACAGCCGGAGACCCAUCUAAAUUUGAGCGCAAAGAUGUCUGGGAUAUGAAAUGGGCAAACGACAACCCAGAUCUGUUUUCAAUGAUGGAGAAAACAAGAAUGUACGUCUUCAGAAACCUGGACCCUGAGGAGCCGAUUCAAACAUCUGGCUUCAUCUGCCACUUUGAGGACCUGGAGAUCAAGUCUGUUCUUUUGGAUGAGAUUAUGAGGGAUCCCGAGUCUCCAAAUAAAGAUUAUUUAAUGAACUUCGAGAUCCGCUCACUGAGGGACAGCAGGGCUCUGAUCGAGAAGGUUGGAAUCGAAGACGCUUCCCAGUUUAUUGAAGACAAUCCCCACCCGCGCCUCUGGCGUCUGUUAGCAGAAGCAGCACUGCAGAAGCUGGAUUUGAAGAUGGCUGAGCAGGCGUUUGUGCGUUGUAAAGACUACCAGGGCAUUGAAUUUGUAAAGAGACUGAGCAACCUGCAGAGUGAAGCCAUGAAACAGGCCGAGGUGGCCGCUUACUUCAGCAGGUUCGAGGAGGCAGAGAGGAUGUACCUGGACAUGGACCGCAGGGACUUGGCUAUCAGUUUGCGGAUAAAGCUCGGUGAUUGGUUCAGGGUCCUGCAGCUGCUGAAGACGGGGUCAGGUGACUCUGAUGAUGCUCUGCUGGAGCAGGCCUAUAAUGCUAUUGGAGAUUACUUUGCAGACAGACAGAAGUGGUUAAAUGCUGUACAGUAUUAUUUGCAAGGUCGUAAUCAGGAACGUCUGGCUGAAUGCUAUUAUAUGCUGGAGGACUAUGAUGGUCUAGAGAGACUUGCAAACUCUCUACCCGAGAACCAUAAACUGCUACCAGACAUUGGUCAGAUGUUUGUUACCGUGGGGAUGUGUGAGCAGGCAGUCAGUGCUUUUCUGAAAUGUAACCAGCCCAAAGCAGCUGUCGAUGCCUGUGUGCAUCUAAACCAGUGGAACAAAGCUGUUGAACUUGCCAAAAACCACAGCAUGAAGGAAAUUGGUCCGCUGUUGUCUAAAUAUGCCUCGCACCUGCUGGAGAAAAAUAAAACUCUAGAAGCUGUGGAGCUUUACAGGAAAGCCCAUCACUUCCUGGAUGCAGCCAAGCUUAUGUUUAAGAUCGCUGAAGACGAAGCAAAAAAGAGAACAAGACCAUUGCGAGUGAAGAAGCUUUAUGUGCUCGCCGCCCUGCUGGUGGAAAACUUCCACACUCAAAUCAAAAGCUCACAGCAAAGCAAAACCAAAGGCAAAAAAUCAGAGGCUACCAGUGCAUUAGCAGGGCUGUUAGUAGAAGAUGAGUCGUCUUUAGACAGUCGUAUCCUGGAUGACGCCUGGCGUGGAGCGGAGGCCUAUCAUUUCUUCUUGCUUGCGCAGAGACAGCUGUAUGAUGGCAAGGUGGAUGCAGCUAUGAGGACAGCUCUUUAUCUCCGUGAUUAUGAAGAUAUUAUCCCAGCUGUGGAGAUUUACUCUCUGCUGGCAAUCUGCUCCUCUGCCAACUGCGCGUUUGGUACUUGCUCACGUGCCUUUAUUAAACUGGAGUCUCUGGAAUCGCUGACUCCAGAUCAGAGGCAGCUUUAUGAAGACCUGGCCCUAGAGAUCUUCACCAGACACAGCCCGCGAGACACCCGGCAGAGCCAACAAGACAGCCUUACUGAGGGGCCAGAGGGCAAGUUGCCAACCUGUAUAGUGACAGGAAGAGGGAUAUCGGAGUACCAGUUCUGGAUGUGCAGUGUUUGUAAGCACUGUGCUUUGGAGCAGGAGAUCACACAGUACAGCUUCUGUCCUCUCUGCCACUCCCCAGUGGCUUAAAUACUUCCUGUCUUCUUUCCCUCAUGCUCUAAUUGUAAAUGUCAAACACUUUUUACAUAGGUCACAAGGAACUCGCAAUGAGCCACAGAGUUUUAAAUCUGUAAAAUGUUCAAAAACAAGUUAGGCUUAUUUAUAAUUCUAUGAAAUUCAUCAUACGUGUAUAGAUUUUCUAUAUAUUUUUUAAGUUACAUACCAGCAUUAUACACAGUGGAAUAUAAGUAGCGCUUAUAUGUUUUAAAUGUCACAGAUCCUUAUGAGUAGAUGCUUUUCAAUUUAAUAAAUGUAAUGUGUGUAUAAGCAAAAUAAAAAUGAAAGGUUCAGCACUUCAUUUUGUGUUAACAUUUACAAUAGAAGAAAAAAACAUGCAAUUACAGUAUAUGCAUAGGAUCAGAAUUGAUACAUUUUUGUAAUAUGUAAUAGUUAUCCAGUAAAUUAUU